CAGCGGCGGCGCGGCGGGCGGAGCCGGGAGGCGGGGAAGCCGUGGCCGUGUGAGCGUGAGGAGCCGCCACCACCGCCUGCGCCUCCCUCGUCGUCGUCGUCGUCGCCGUCCUCGUCCUCCUGGGCCCGGGCGGCCCUGGAAGAGACGUCGCCUCCCCUUCCUCCGCCUCCUCGUCGUGCGCUGCGGGCUCAGGCGGAACCCGGAACGGCCGUCCUCCUCCUCCUCUUCCUCCUCCUCCUCCUCCGCGGCUUCCUCCUCUGCCCCGGGCCGGAGCCGAGUGGCGGCGGCCGGUUCGGGCGGCGACUAGCGCUUCUUCGGGCGGCGGCGCUUGGCCAUGUCGUGUCGGGGAAGGGAAUGAGCCGCAGAGCCCCGGGGUCUCGGCUGAACAGCAGCAGCAGCGGCAGCGGCGGCGGCGGCGGCGUCGGCACCAAGUACCCGCGGAGCUGGAAUGACUGGCAAGCCAGAACUGAUAGUGCAUCAGCCGAUCCAGAUAGUUUAAAAUAUUCUUUGUCCAGAGAUAGGGGGGGUUCUUCCUCAUAUGGACUGCAAUCUUCAAAUUCAGCUGUGGUGUCCCGGCAGCGGCAUGAUGAUACCAGAGUUCACGCUGACAUACAGAAUGACGACAAGGGUGGCUACAGUGUCAAUGGAGGAUCUGGGGAAAAUACUUAUGGUCGGAAGUCGUUGGGGCAAGAGCUGAGAGUUAACAAUGUGACCAGCCCUGAGUUCACCAGUGUCCAGCAUGGCAGUCGUGCAUUAGCCACCAAAGACAUGAGGAAAUCCCAGGAGCGAUCGAUGUCUUAUUCUGAUGAGUCUCGACUGUCGAAUCUUCUACGGAGGAUCACCCGGGAAGAUGACAGAGACCGGAGACUGGCUACUGUAAAGCAGUUGAAAGAAUUCAUUCAGCAACCAGAAAAUAAGCUGGUGCUAGUUAAACAGUUGGAUAAUAUCUUGGCUGCUGUACAUGAUGUACUUAAUGAAAGUAGCAAAUUGCUGCAGGAGUUGAGACAGGAGGGCGCCUGCUGUCUCGGCCUCCUCUGUGCUUCUCUGAGCUAUGAGGCCGAGAAGAUCUUCAAAUGGAUUUUUAGCAAAUUUAGCUCAUCUACAAAAGAUGAAGUUAAACUCCUCUACUUAUGUGCCACCUACAAAGCACUGGAGACUGUAGGAGAAAAGAAAGCCUUUUCAUCUGUAAUGCAGCUUGUGAUGACCAGCCUGCAGUCCAUUCUUGAAAAUGUGGAUACACCAGAAUUACUUUGCAAAUGUGUUAAAUGCAUUCUUUUGGUGGCCCGAUGUUACCCUCAUAUUUUCAGCACAAAUUUUAGGGAUACUGUUGAUAUAUUGGUUGGAUGGCACAUAGAUCAUACUCAGAAACCUUCGCUCACCCAGCAGGUGUCUGGGUGGUUGCAGAGUUUGGAGCCAUUUUGGGUAGCUGAUCUGGCGUUCUCCACCACUCUACUUGGUCAGUUUCUUGAAGACAUGGAGGCAUAUGCUGAGGACCUCAGCCAUGUGGCCUCUGGAGAAUCAGUGGAUGAAGAUGUUCCUCCGCCAUCAGUGUCAUUACCAAAGCUGGCAGCUCUGCUCCGGGUAUUUAGUACCGUGGUGAGGAGCAUUGGGGAGCGCUUCAGCCCAGUUCGGGGUCCUCCAAUUACUGAGGCAUAUGUAACAGAUGUUCUGUACAGAGUAAUGAGAUGUGUGACGGCUGCAAACCAAGUGUUUUUUUCUGAGGCUGUGUUGACAGCUGCUAAUGAGUGUGUUGGUGUUUUGCUCGGCAGCUUGGAUCCUAGCAUGACUAUACAUUGUGACAUGGUCAUUACAUAUGGAUUAGACCAGCUGGAGAACUGCCAGACUUGUGGUACCGAUUAUGUCAUCUCAGUCUUGAAUUUACUCACAUUGAUUGUGGAACAAAUAAAUACAAAACUGCCAUCAUCAUUUGUAGAAAAACUCUUUAUACCAUCAUCCAAACUACUAUUUUUGCGUUAUCAUAAAGAAAAAGAGGUUGUUGCUGUAGCCCAUGCUGUCUAUCAAGCAGUGCUCAGCUUGAAGAAUAUUCCUGUUCUGGAGACUGCCUAUAAGUUAAUCUUGGGAGAAAUGACUUGUGCCCUGAAUAACCUGCUACACAGUCUGCAGCUUCCUGAUGCCUGCUCUGAAAUAAAACAUGAAGCUUUUAAGAAUCAUGUAUUCAAUGUAGACAAUGCAAAAUUUGUAGUUAUAUUUGACCUUAGUGCUCUGACUACAAUUGGAAAUGCCAAAAACUCGCUAAUUGGGAUGUGGGCGCUGUCUCCAACUGUCUUUGCGCUUCUGAGUAAGAAUCUGAUGAUUGUGCAUGGUGACCUGGCUGUUCACUUCCCUGCCAUUCAGUAUGCUGUGCUGUACACAUUGUAUUCUCACUGCACCAGGCAUGAUCACUUUAUAUCUAGUAGUCUUAGUUCUUCAUCUCCUUCCUUGUUUGAUGGAGCUGUGAUUAGUACUGUAACUACAGCUACAAAGAAACAUUUCUCCAUUAUAUUAAAUCUUUUGGGGAUCUUGCUUAAGAAGGACAACCUUAACCAGGACACAAGGAAACUGUUAAUGACUUGGGCUUUGGAAGUGGCUGUUCUAAUGAAGAAGUCUGAAACAUACGCACCAUUAUUCUCUCUUCCGUCUUUUCAUAAAUUUUGCAAAGGCCUUUUAGCCAACACUCUUGUUGAAGACGUGAAUGUCUGCCUGCAAGCCUGCAGCAGUCUACACGCUCUGUCCUCGUCCUUACCAGAGGACCUGUUGCAGAGGUGUGUGGAUGUCUGCCGGGUCCAACUAGUCCACAGUGGAACUCGUAUUCGACAAGCAUUUGGAAAACUACUGAAGUCAAUUCCUUUAGAUAUUGUUCUGAGCAAUAAUAAUCACACAGAAAUUCAAGAAAUUUCUUUAGCAUUGAGAAGUCACAUGAGUAAAGCGCCAAGUAAUACAUUCCACCCACAGGAUUUCUCAGAUGUCAUUAGUUUUAUUUUGUAUGGGAACUCUCACAGAACAGGGAAGGACAAUUGGUUAGAAAGAUUGUUCUAUAGCUGCCAGAGACUUGAUAAACGUGACCAGUCCACCAUCCCCCGCAAUCUCCUGAAGACAGACGCUGUCCUCUGGCAGUGGGCUAUCUGGGAAGCAGCCCAAUUUACUGUCCUCUCCAAGUUGAGAACCCCACUGGGCAGGGCUCAGGACACCUUCCAGACUAUCGAAGGUAUCAUUAGAAGUCUUGCAGCUCACACCUUAAACCCCGAUCAAGAUGUGAGUCAGUGGACAACUGCAGACAAUGAUGAAGGACACAGCAGUAACCAGCUUAGACUUGUUCUCCUUCUGCAGUAUCUGGAAAACCUGGAGAAAUUAAUGUAUAACGCAUAUGAGGGCUGUGCUAAUGCACUGACAUCACCCCCGAAGGUCAUUAGGACUUUCUUCUAUACCAAUCGCCAAACUUGCCAAGACUGGCUGACUAGGAUCCGACUGUCUAUCAUGAGGGUCGGAUUGUUGGCAGGCCAGCCAGCAGUGACCGUAAGGCAUGGCUUUGACUUGCUUACUGAAAUGAAGACCAACAGUCUGUCUCAGGGGAAUGACUUAGAAGUGACGAUCAUGAUGGUGGUAGAAGCACUGUGUGAACUUCAUUGUCCUGAAGCUAUACAAGGAAUUGCUGUCUGGUCAUCUUCUGUCAUUGGAAAGAAUCUUCUCUGGAUUAACUCAGUGGCCCAGCAGGCUGAAGGCAGGUUUGAAAAGGCCUCCGUAGAGUACCAGGAGCAUCUGUGUGCUAUGACAGGGGUUGAUUGUUGCAUCUCCAGCUUUGAUAAGUCUGUUCUCACGUUGGCCAAUGCUGGGCGCAACAGUGCCAGCCCUAAGCACGCUCAGAAUGGUGAUUCAAGAAAAACUGUGCUGUCCAAACCAGCUGACUCUUCCCCAGAGGUUAUAAAUUAUUUAGGAAAUAAAGCUUGUGAAUGUUACAUUUCAAUUGCGGAUUGGGCUGCAGUGCAGGAGUGGCAGAACGCGAUCCAUGACCUGAAGAAGAGCACCAGCAGUACUUCUCUCAACCUCAAGGCUGACUUCAACUAUAUAAAGUCACUGAGCAGUUUUGAAUCUGGAGAAUUUAUGGAAUGUACUGAACAGCUAGAGUUGUUACCAGGAGAAAAUAUCAAUCUGCUUGCUGGAGGAACAAAAGAGAAAAUAGAUAUGAAGAAACUGCUUCCUAACAUGCUAAGUCCAGAUCCAAGGGAACUUCAGAAAUCCAUUGAGGUUCAGCUCUUGAGAAGUUCUGUGUGUUUGGCAACUGCUUUAAACCAUGUGGAGCAAGAUCAGAAGUGGCAGUCUGUGACUGAGAAUGUGGUGAAGUACUUGAAGCAAACAUCUCGCCUAGCUGUUGGACCCCUGAGACUUUCUACCUUAACAGUUUCUCAGUCCUUGCCAGUUCUGAGUACUUUACAGCUGUACUGCUCAUCUGCUUUGGAGAACACAGUUUCAAACAAACUUUCAACAGAGGAUUGCCUGAUUCCACUCUUCAGCGAAGCUUUGCGUUCCUGUAAACAGCAUGAUGUGAGGCCUUGGAUGCAGGCGUUAAGAUAUACCAUGUACCAGAAUCAGUUGUUGGAGAAAAUUAAAGAACAAACAGUCCCGGUUAGAAGCCAUCUCAUGGAAUUAGGUCUGACAGCAGCAAAAUUUGCCAGAAAACGGGGGAAUGUGUCACUUGCAACAAGACUGCUGGCACAGUGCAGUGAAAUUCAGCUGGGGAAGACCACCACUGCACAGGAUUUAGUGCAGCAUUUUAAAAAACUGUCCUCUCAGGGCCAGAUGGACGAGAAAUGGGGGCCUGAACUUGAUAUUGAAAAAACCAAAUUGUUGUAUACUGCAGGCCAGUCUACACACGCAAUGGAGAUGCUGAGUUCAUGCGCCAUCUCUUUCUGCAAGUCUGCCAAAGCCGAAUAUGCGGUUGCAAAGUCAAUCCUGACCCUAGCAAAGUGGAUCCAGGCAGAGUGGAAGGAGAUCUCCGGACAGCUAAAGCAGGUGUACCGAGCCCAGCAACAGCAGCAAUUCUCAGGCCUCUCAACCUUGUCUAAAAACUUACUCACGCUCAUAGAACUGCCUUCUGGGAACACCAUGGAAGAAGAAUAUCCUCGGAUUGAGAGCGAAUCCACAGUACAUAUUGGAGUUGGAGAGCCUGACUUCAUUUUGGGACAGCUGUAUCACCUGUCUUCAGUACAGGCACCUGAAGUAGCCAAAUCCUGGGCAGCACUGGCUAGUUGGGCUUAUCGGUGGGGCAGAAAGGUGGUUGACAAUGCCAGUCAGGGAGAAGGUGUUCGACUGUUGCCUAGAGAAAAAUCUGAAGUUCAAAAUCUGCUACCAGACACUGUAACAGAAGAAGAGAAGGAGAGGAUAUAUGGCAUUCUUGGACAGGCUGUGUGUCGGCCAGCAGGGAUUCAGGAUGAAGAUAUAACACUUCAGAUAACUGAAAAUGAGGACAAUGAGGAAGAUGACAUGGUUGAUAUCAUUUGGCGUCAGUUAAUAUCGAGCUGCCCUUGGCUUUCAGAGCUUGAUGAAAGUGCAACUGAAGGAGUUAUUAAGGUGUGGAGGAAGGUUGUUGAUAGAAUCUUCAGCCUGUACAAAUUAUCUUGCAGUGCAUAUUUCACUUUUCUGAAGCUCAAUGCUGGCCAGGUUCCUUUGGACGAGGAUGACCCGAGACUCCACUUGAGUCACAGGGCGGAGCAGAGCACGGACGAUGUGAUCGUGAUGGCCACGCUGCGGCUGCUCAGGCUGCUGGUGAAGCAUGCGGGGGAGCUCCGGCAGUACCUCGAGCACGGCUUGGAAACGACACCCACGGCUCCGUGGAGAGGAAUUAUUCCACAGCUCUUCUCACGCUUAAACCAUCCGGAAGUGUAUGUACGCCAAAGCAUUUGCAACCUUCUUUGCCGUGUGGCUCAAGAUUCCCCACAUCUCAUACUGUAUCCUGCAAUAGUGGGUACCAUAUCACUUAGUAGUGAAUCCCAGGCUUCAGGAAAUAAAUUUUCUUCUGCGAUCCCUACCUUGCUUGGCAACAUUCAAGGGGAAGAAUUGCUGGCCUCUGAAUGUGAAGGAGGAAGUCCUCCUGCGUCUCAGGAGAGCAAUAAGGAUGAGCCUAAAAGUGGACUGAAUGAAGACCAGGCCAUGAUGCAGGAUUGCUACAGCAAAAUUGUUGAUAAACUGUCCUCCGCAAACCCAACUAUGGUGUUACAGGUGCAGAUGCUUGUGGCCGAGCUGCGCAGGGUCACCGUUCUCUGGGAUGAGCUCUGGCUGGGAGUCUUGCUGCAGCAGCAUAUGUACGUCCUGAGACGAAUUCAGCAACUCGAGGAUGAGGUGAAAAGGGUCCAGAGCAACAACACCUUGCGCAAAGAAGAGAAAAUUGCGAUCAUGCGGGAGAAGCACACAGCCCUGAUGAAGCCCAUCGUGUUUGCUCUGGAGCAUGUGAAGAGCAUCACGGCGGCCCCUGCAGAGACGCCCCAUGAGAAGUGGUUCCAGGAUAACUACGGCGAAGCAAUUGAGAAUGCCCUGGAGAAGCUCAAGACGCCCGUGAACCCUGCCAAGCCAGGAAGCAGCUGGAUUCCGUUUAAAGAGAUAAUGCUGAGUUUGCAACAGAGAGCACAGAAGCGUGCAAGUUACAUCUUGCGUCUUGAAGAAAUCAGUCCAUGGUUGGCUGCCAUGACCAACACUGAAAUUGCCCUUCCGGGGGAAGUCUCAGCGAGGGACACUGUCACAAUCCACAGUGUGGGUGGAACCAUUACAAUUUUACCAACUAAGACCAAGCCCAAGAAGCUCCUGUUUCUAGGAUCUGAUGGGAAGAGCUAUCCUUAUCUUUUCAAAGGACUGGAGGAUUUACAUCUGGAUGAGAGAAUAAUGCAGUUCUUAUCUAUUGUGAAUACCAUGUUUGCUACUAUUAAUCGUCAAGAAACACCUCGUUUCCAUGCUCGACACUAUUCUGUAACACCGCUAGGAACUCGAUCAGGCUUGAUUCAGUGGGUGGAUGGAGCCACACCCUUAUUUGGUCUUUACAAGCGAUGGCAACAGCGAGAAGCUGCCUUACAAGCACAAAAGGCCCAAGAUUCCUACCAGACUCCUCAAAAUCCUGGAAUUGUACCCCGUCCUAGUGAACUUUAUUACAGUAAAAUUGGUCCUGCCUUGAAAGCCGUUGGACUUAGCUUGGAUGUGUCCCGUCGAGAUUGGCCUCUUCAUGUAAUGAAAGCAGUACUAGAAGAGUUAAUGGAGGCCACACCCCCAAAUCUUCUCGCCAAAGAGCUUUGGUCAUCCUGCACAACACCUGAUGAGUGGUGGAGAGUUACUCAGUCUUAUGCGAGAUCUACUGCCGUCAUGUCUAUGGUUGGAUAUAUAAUUGGCCUUGGAGACAGACAUUUGGAUAACGUUCUCAUAGAUAUGACGACUGGAGAAGUUGUCCACAUAGAUUACAAUGUUUGCUUUGAGAAAGGUAAAAGCCUCAGAGUUCCUGAGAAAGUCCCUUUCCGAAUGACACAGAAUAUUGCAACAGCACUGGGUGUAACUGGAGUCGAAGGUGUUUUUCGGCUUUCCUGUGAGCAGGUGCUACACAUUAUGCGACGGGGCCGAGAGACACUGCUGACCUUGCUGGAAGCGUUUGUGUAUGACCCACUGGUGGACUGGACAGCCGGAGGCGAGGCCGGGUUUGCGGGUGCUGUGUACGGCGGCGGUGGCCAGCAGGCCGAGAGCAAGCAGAGCAAGAGGGAGAUGGAGCGGGAGGUCACGCGCAGCCUCUUCUCCUCCCGAGUGGCCGAGAUCAAGGUAAACUGGUUUAAGAAUAGAGAUGAGAUGGUGGUUGUGCUUCCCAAGCUGGACAGUAGCUUAGAUGAAUACCUAAGCUUGCAAGAACAACUGACAGAAGUGGAGAAGCUGCAGGGCAAACUGCUGGAAGAAAUCGAGUUUCUAGAAGGAGCUGAAGGAGUGGAUCAUCCUUCACAUACUCUGCAACACAGGUAUUCUGAACAUACUCAGCUACAGACUCAGCAGAGAGCAGUUCAGGAAGCGAUCCAGGUGAAGCUGAAUGAGUUUGAACAGUGGAUAACACAGUAUCAAGCUGCGUUCAGCAACUUAGAAGCAACCCAGCUGGCAAGUUUGCUUCAGGAGAUAAGCACACAAAUGGAUCUUGGUCCCCCAAGCUAUGUGCCUGCGACAGCCUUUCUUCAGAACGCUGGCCAGGCCCACUUGAUUAGCCAAUGUGAGCAGCUGGAGGGCGAGGUCAGUGCUCUUCUGCAGCAGAGGCGUUCUGUGCUCCGGGGCUGUCUGGAGCAGCUGCAUCACUACGCAACUGUGGCCCUGCAGUAUCCCAAGGCCAUAUUUCAGAAACACCGGGUCGAACAGUGGAAAGCCUGGAUGGAAGAGCUCAUCUGCAACACCACGGUGGAGCGCUGUCAGGAACUCUACAGGAAAUAUGAAAUUCAGUAUGCCCCCCAGCCGCCUGCGACAGUUUGUCAAUUCAUCACAGCCACUGAAAUGACACUGCAGCGGUAUGCAGCGGACAUAAACAGCAGACUUAUCAGACAGGUGGAACGCUUGAAGCAAGAAGCUGUUACGGUGUCAGUGUGUGAAGAUCAGUUGAAAGAAAUUGAACGUUGCAUUAAAGUUUUCCUUCAUGAGAAUGGGGAGGAAGGAUCCUUGAGUCUAGCAAGUGUUAUUAUUUCUGCGCUUUGUACCCUGACCAGGCGUAACCUGAUGAUGGAAGGUGCAGCUUCGAGUGCUGGAGAGCAGCUGGUUGACCUGACUUCUCGAGAUGGAGCCUGGUUCCUGGAGGAACUCUGCAGCAUGAGUGGGAAUGUCACCUGCUUGGUCCAGUUACUGAAGCAGUGCCACCUGGUGCCCCAGGACUUGGACAUCCCAGACCCCGUCGACGCCUCUGAAGCUGUUCACUUGGCCAAUGGCGUAUACACUUCACUUCAGGAAUUGAACUCAAAUUUCCGGCAAAUCAUAUUUCCAGAAGCACUGAGGUGCUUGAUGAAAGGGGAGUACACGUUGGAAAGCAUGCUUCAGGAGCUGGACAGUCUCAUCGAGCAGACGGCCGAUGGCGUUUCCCUGCAGACGCUCGUGGAAUCUCUGCAGGCCUAUUUGAGAAAUGCAGCUAUGGGACUCGAGGAAGAAACGCAUGCUCAGUACAUUGAUGUCGCUAGAAUACUGCAUGCUCAAUAUGGGGAAUUAAUCCAGCCCAGGAAUGGUUCUGUCGAUGAAACGCCGAAAAUGUCAGCAGGCCAGAUGCUUUUGGUGGCAUUUGAUGGCAUGUUUGCCCAAGUGGAGACUGCUUUUGGCUUACUGGUUGAAAAGUUAAACAAGAUGGAAAUUCCUGUAGCUUGGCGAAAGAUUGACAUCAUAAGGGAAGCCCGAAGUACCCAAGUUAAUUUUUUUGAUGAUAAUAACCACCGGCAGGUGCUAGAAGAAAUUUUCUUUCUAAAAAGACUGCAGACAAUUAAGGAGUUCUUUAAGCUCUGUGGUACAUUUUCGAAAACGUUGUCAGGAUCAAGUUCAUUGGAAGAUCAGAAUACUGUGAAUGGACCUGUACAGAUGGUCAACGUGAAAGCGCUUUUUAGAAAUUCGUGUUUCAGUGAAGACCAGAUGGCCAAGCCUAUCAAAGCGUUCACAGCUGACUUCGUGAGGCAGCUCUUGAUAGGACUGCCCAACCAAGCCCUUGGACUCACACUGUGCAGUUUUAUCAGCGCUCUGGGUGUAGACAUCAUUGCUCAAGUAGAAGCAAAGGAUUUUGGUGCUGAAAGCAAAGUGUCUGUGGAUGAUCUGUGUAAGAAGGCGGUGGAGCACAAUAUCCAGAUUGGGAAAUUCUCUCAGUUGGUCAUGAACAGGGCCACUGUGCUGGCCAGUUCCUAUGAUACUGCCUGGAAGAAGCAUGACUUGGUGCGCAGGCUGGAGACCAGCAUUUCUUCCUGUAAGACAAGUCUACAGCGGGUUCAGCUGCAUAUUGCCAUGUUUCAGUGGCAACAUGAAGAUCUGCUCAUCAACAGACCUCAGGCCAUGUCAGUCACCCCUCCCCCUCGAUCUGCUAUUUUAACCAGCAUGAAGAAGAAACGACAUACACUGAGCCAGAUUGAAACUUCCAUUGCAACAGUCCAGGAGAAACUAGCAGCACUAGAAUCCAGUAUUGAGCAGCGACUCAAGUGGGCGGGGGGUGCCAACCCUGCCCUGGCACCUGUGCUACAAGAUUUUGAAGCAACAAUAGCUGAGCGAAGGAAUCUUGUCCUCAAAGAGAGCCAGAGAGCAAGCCAGGUCACCUUUCUUUGCAGCAAUAUCAUUCAUUUUGAAAGCUUACGCACAAGAACUGCAGAAGCCUUAAACCUGGAUGCUGCAUUAUUUGAACUAAUCAAACGGUGUCAGCAAAUGUGUUCAUUUGCGUCACAGUUUAACAGUUCAGUGUCUGAGUUAGAGCUUCGUUUAUUACAGAGAGUGGACACCAGUGUUGAACAUCCUAUUGGCAGCUCCGAGUGGCUUUUGUCAGCACACAAACAGUUGACCCAGGAUAUGUCUACCCAGAGGGCAAUUCAGACAGAGAAAGAGCAGCAGAUAGAAACAGUCUGUGAGACAAUUCAGAACUUGGUUGAUAAUAUAAAGACGGUGCUCACUGGUCACAAUCGGCAGCUCGGAGACGUGAAGCAUCUCCUGAAAGCGAUGGCUAAGGAUGAAGAAGCUGCUCUGGCAGAUGGUGAAGACGUUCCCUAUGAGAACAGCGUUAGACAGUUUUUGGGUGAAUAUAAAUCAUGGCAAGACAACAUCCAGACAGUUUUGUUUACGUUAGUUCAGGCUAUGGGUCAGGUUCGAAGUCAGGAACAUGUGGAAAUGCUCCAGGAAAUCACUCCUACCCUGAAAGAACUGAAAACACAGAGUCAGAGUAUCUAUAAUAAUUUAGUGAGUUUUGCAUCACCAUUAGUCACCGAUGCAACAAACGAAUGUUCAAGUCCAACAUCGUCUGCUACGUACCAGCCUUCUUUUGCUGCAGCAGUCCGGAGCAACACUGGCCAGAAGACUCAGCCUGAAGUGAUGUCCCAGAAUGCCCGAAAGCUGAUUCAGAAAAACCUUGCUACAUCAGCAGAUACUCCACCAAGUGCUGUUCCAGGAACUGGGAAGAGUGUGGCUUGUAGCCCUAAAAAGGCUGUCAGAGACCCUAAAACUGGGAAAGCUGUGCAAGAAAGAAACUCCUAUGCAGUGAGUGUGUGGAAGAGGGUGAAAGCCAAGCUAGAGGGCCGGGAUGUUGAUCCCAACAGGAGGAUGUCAGUUGCUGAACAGGUUGACUAUGUCAUUAAGGAAGCAACUAAUCUAGAUAACUUGGCUCAACUGUAUGAAGGUUGGACAGCCUGGGUGUGAGUGGCAAGACAGUAGAUGAGUCUGGUUAAGCGAGGUCAGACAUCACCGGAAUCCACUCAGCGUCAGGCAUCCAAAGCCACACCACAGUCGGUGGUGAUGCAACUGGGGGCUUACUCUGAGGAAACCUGGGAAAUCUCGGUGCACUAGGAAGUGAAUCCUGCAGGACAGCUGCACUCAGGGAUACGCCCAAAACCAGGGCCUGCACACCCAGGGUCACGGGUGGAAGAAAGAAAGCUCACCGCCUGAACACGGAGAUUGUCUUUGAGCCACACAGCAGCUGCAGACGUGUCAGGGGGUUAGCUGCGGAGGGAAAGCGGCUUGCCGCGGAGCACAGAGUGAUUUGGAACUCCAUUCCGCCUGACCCUGUGUGCACAGUGCAGGCACAGCAGCCCUGCUCAGGAGCAGAACCCUGGGGCCAUGGAGAAACCACAGCCGAGGAAGACCUGAUGCAUUCAGAUUCGCGUGGCACGCCUGUUGCUUGGCAACAGUACUCGUUGGGGUGACCAGUAAGUAGAAAAAGGCUAUGCGAUACGGAUUUCAGAAAUGGACUGAAAAUGGAGAGCUAUAUAAAAAGAUACACUACAUUGGAAGAACUGACUUCUGAGAUGGAGGGAAAAAACACUCCACCGUUCCCGCACCCCCUGCCUUCUACCCAUUCUUCUACCUAAUCCAGUAUAGAUUAGCCGUGUUUCAAAUCCACUUUUAUUUCAGUCCUCAUAUUUCAUGUACUUCCAUCUUGAUGCUGGUUAAUUUACCUUUGGAGUGAUAAAACAAAUUUCUCCAAGACCACUGGUAACAUGGAAAACUCAAGGAUUUUUUUUAAAGGUCUGAUGAUCACAUACAAAAUAUAAUUCUGGUCAUUUAAGUCAUUUCUGUGAUUCUAUCAUGUGCAGUUUCCAGAAUUGUCACUGUGCAUUCAGAAGUAAUGAAUCUAGCAGACAUUUGAUUUAGCAUACACUCCUCUUUGCUUAUAGUGUGCACUGUUUGGAGGCCAUUCAAACUUUCCUCUUCUGUGAUUGCUGUAGUUUCUUUCAUAGAAAAGUAGCUAGUCAGAUGUAACCUUUUAUCGUUUUAAAAACCAGGAUAGAGUGUCUAUUAGAGGUUUACCUUGUUAGUGACAGAUUAAAAUAAAGUGAUGUUCUGGUGGAGGUAGAGUGAAAACUCUUUAAAUUCAGUUUUCUUACUCCAUAUUUUUAUUUUACAAAGUGUAAAUUAGAAGUUCUUUAGUUUGCCUGGUAUUUUAGGACAUGUAUGUGAAAAAUCAGCCACAGUGAGAACCACCAACAUCUUUUUAUUAAGUUAAGUCUGUAAGUACUUUACUUUUUGCACAGUUAAAUAAGUUGCUGUUCAGUCAGACAUUAGAGUGAAUUCAUGAUCAAGAUUCCCUUAAAUUCAGCACUGCAUUUCAGUACUGACUAUAUAUGCGAAAUUGUUUAUUGGAAAUAAAAAUCCAUGCUAGAAAUAGGAUUCUUAAAAUCACGUAUCGACACAAAAGAGAACACAAAAUCUUGAUCGCUUGAGUCCAUUUUCCCUGCAUUUUAGAGAUUAGGACAGUGGUCACCUUGUAGUUGUCAGUCUUCACCGACCAACUUGAAAGGUAUUAAGGAAAACUUCCACAUAGCUCUGGGCCUUUCUGUGUUCUGAUUGCCACAUUCAUCCAUAAUCUUGACAUGCCCACGAGAGAAUGCGUUUCGGCAUCAGUGCUUUCUGGAUACUUGAACGAGUAUUGCAAGAAGGGCAGUAUUUUUAAGUAUCCACGUGUCUAAUAGCAAGUCAAGGAACCUAGCACAUCAAAUUCUAUUUUCUUCGUUUAUUUUGAACCUUUUUUUCACAACCACAACAACCUAGCCGGAAUAAUAAUGCCAUAUUGUAUUUCGCAUGCUGCUGUACUUCCUAGAGGCUGUGGGAGCUGUUCCUAACUUGAUUACCUCUGCUCUCUUGAGAUUAAACAGUCUUUUCAGCAACAUUCUUUAUUGUCACAAAGAGAAACUCUUCAUCACAGUGAGAAAAACGACUUGGUCCUAGAUAGUGCUCAGAAAUUACUUCCCUCUUUGGUAGAAGGGAAACGCAACAGGUGAAUCUUUACGGCCUGUGAGUUUGACACUUCGGAGGUACCUGGCACCUUACCCAAACAAAAACAAAACAGCUUUAUUUCAAAGCCAUGUGCCUCUGGUGUCUAAUCCGCCUUUCUUAUGAAUUGGUCCCACGGAGAUUAGUGUGGCUUCUAGAGGCGCAUUUGGUUCUUGUGGGGCGGGGAUGGAGGAGCCGAUGGCCUCCGAGCUGGUGGUUGGCUGCGCUCCGCUCAAGGUGCUCGGUUCUGCCCGGGCACUCUGUAUGCAGCCUGGCCAUUCUGAACUUUGAUGAGAGCCCUCAUCAGAUGAAGGAGACAGGGCCAGCUAGUGGGGAUGAUCUUGUCAGGAUGUUCGAGUGCUCUAGUUUGGAAGUCACACAUUUUUGGUGACAGAAUACCUGUGGAAAACCAGGGAUUAUCUGUCUGCCUCUUCUCUCCCCUUCCUUCUCUCUCUUUGCUCCUCUCCCCCCACCCACAACCCUCCCCUCUCCUUCCCACUCUUAGUUUGAGGGUACAGAAUUAUCUACACACAACCUCUUCUAUUCAAAGUACCCUUGCAAAUUGAAGUUCAAAUGUUUUCUUGUUUUUGUUAAUGUUGCCUGAUUUUUUUUAAUUGAUUUUUCUACAAAGCUGUAGAGACUCGAUAGUUUGUAGAGCUAUUUGUCUUCUGUUUCUUGGCUGUGUCUUAUAAUUUCUCAUUCUUACUGGUCAUGAGAUCUGGAUGAUUAUUAGGGUUCUUUCGUGCUUAUUUGAUACAUGAGGUUUCUUUGCGUUGCUCAGGCUGUUUGUUCCCCUAGAUUGCUUUUGUAGAUCCCAGACCCCUGGUUCAGGGUGCGGGUUGAGAAUUCAGUGAAAAACUUCCAUCACUUCAACCCUAACCCUUGCACCCUUCUUAUCUAAGCUUAGUAAGUAGUUAUCUUAGUAUUGUCUAAUGUUUGGUGUUUUUUGCAUUGUUUUCUGUCCUUGUUUUUUUAAAUUGUGGUUGUUCUGAUGUGUGAAACUUAAGGAAAGAGCCAUUUAAAAACAUGCCGAGCAGGGCAAUGCAAGUACAGCCAAAUACUAAAGUUGAUGUGCAAUCUUGGGUCCUUUUUCACCUGGGGUAUUAUAGGCGGUACUUUACAUCAAAAAGUCUUCCUGGCCUAUUAAACUCCACAUUUUUGUAGUUACUUUUGGAGGGGGUGGGGCUUACUUGUUUUGGCAAUACUAAAAUCAAAGGAGCUGGUUCUUCUUCUCUCCAAGUCUUUUCAUACUGAAGCACCUAGGACUAACCUGUUCCUUCUUUUCAUGUACCUCACAUGUCCGUGAAGGUGUGCCUUGCACACUUACGCAUCUUUGCUCUACAUAAAAUUAGAGUACAAAAAAGCCAACGUUCUGUUUUGUAGUUUUUUGAGCUUGUAAAGUGCCAGUAAUUUAGAACUAGGGUUUCCCCACACACACAUCCCCCACUCUCCCUACCCCCAAAUCAAGGAGGUUUGUGGGUAGCGUAGAAACAUUGCUCCUGUGAGGAAGAAACAGCAACGUCAGGGUUGGGAAAGGGGAAAUAUCCUGCUUGUUGCACUUCGGCUGCUUGAGGCCUGGCUAAGGGCAUCAUCCUGCUUCCUUACAAAGGACAGACGGGGAGUGAGAAAGGCCUUAUAGGCUCAAGGGUUCAUUGCAGAACACACCACCUGAGGUCCCUUGCUUUCUCUGUGGCUGGACUUUUUAGGAAAAGGCUGUUGUGCUAAUCUAACGUACUGAGUAAGCUCAGUUCUUGAAGGUGAUUAACUUGGAAUUGCAU